UUGGGAGUGAGAAUGGGUUGGCUGAUCGGGUUAGUCGCACAGGUGCUCCUAAAUAUGUUUUGAUAGUCGCACACAGUAGCUACUUUUCAGUCGCCCUGUAUAGCCCUGGCAAUGUGUCAUGAUAUUUUCUCUUCUUUUUUUUUUAAAUUUACGUUUCGCACAACCGCCAAGUCGAUGCUGCCUAUCCAUUUGUGAAUAAAUAUGCUCGACUCUGACUGGGGGGAGGGGGCAAAUACACUGGGACCUGACCCAAUCGCAAUUCUUUAUAUGCGUGCAUAUAUUUGAUAUUCUCUCUGUAUAUUGUAUCAUUAACUGUUCAUUUUCUAUGCAUCUGUAUCUCUUCCAGCAAAAUAAUAUAUACAAAACAUGAAAAAAUAUUUUAAAGGUCUUGUCAUUAUCGUAAUCACUUGGUGCCCCCCUAUUGGCUGGUGCCCCAGGGCACUCGCCCAAUCCCGUCUAUGGAUAAUCCGGCCCUGCUCCACGUCAGUAUAUCAGUGUCUGAUUUCCAUCCCAGUUUGAGUCUAUCAACCUCUCUAAAUUCCUCAGUCUGAUCUCCACAUAUGUCUGAUUCCAUUGACUGAUAUCCACCUCACUCUGAUUUUACUUUCUGACCGUCUGUUUUCACCUGAGUUACACAUUGGUCUGAUUUCACUGUUUUAUCUCCAUUUUAGUUUGAUUUCAAUAUCCCAGCUUUCUGAUAUAUCCAGAUAUUUAAAUUCAAAGUCUACAGUUCGAUUUCACCAUCUCAUCUCAUCUAAUUAUAAUGUCUGAUUUCCAGCUCAAUUUGAUCUUAUUCCUAUCUCAACCCUCUCUGAUUUUUACAUCAGUCUGAUUACAUUGUCUCAUAACCAACUUAAGUCUGAUUUUAUUUACCGACAGUCUGUUUGAUUUCAUUGUCUGAUUUCCAUCUCAGUUUGACUUCACAGUCUGAUAUCUACCUCAGUCUGAUUUCACUGUGUGAUCCCCACCUGAGUCUGAUUUCACUCUUUAAUUUCCACCAUUGUCUUGUCUUAACCUCUGUCUGAUAUCUCACUCUGAUCUCCAACCCAGUCUGAUUCUGCUUUCUGAUGAGUUCACUGUCUACAGUCUUUUUUCACCAUUUGAUCUCAAUCUCGGUCUGAUUCUAAUGUCUGAUUUCCAGCUCAAUUUGACCUUACUGUCUGAUACCAAACCGAGUCUGAUAUCCACUUCAGUUUGAUUUCACUGUUCGAUUUCCAUCUCUGUCUCAUUUAACUUCAGUUCAGUCUGAUUUUUCUGUCUCAUUGCUGUGCCGUCUUUUAAACUCAGCCUCUCCACAGUGAUUGAGACAGAUGAUUGCAGCUUUACUCGUGUGGGAUGAUCUGAUCGGUGAGAAUUAAACAGGACAGACAUUGUGUGGAGGAAAACCCACACUUCACAGCAUCUCAGAACAGUCUUAGAACCUAAUGGAUAAAACAAAGCCUCAUUCUUGAGGUAAUAUUACUGUAUUGCUCAUGUUUUGAGAAUUUCAGUUGGUGACGUUGUUGAUGAGUGCCCUUUGUCCCCGCUGCCAUCUCCCAUCAACAUCCACAAUUGCAGUCUUUGUUGUCUGAAUGAGAGGACACAUUCUUCCUGCUGGCCCUGGCACUGCUGACACCAGCCCAGCAGCCUCUCUCUCCAUCUCUUAUUGUCUUUUCUCUCUCAAAGGCCACCAGCAGGAUAUCUGACUGAUAAACAGAGUGUGUAAAUUACUCAAGGCAAAGAGAAAAAGAUGGAACAUAUAAGACAUGCCGAAAAGAAAGGACGUCCUGGCACUCUUUUUGAUUUUGUUACCGUGGACUUUAUUGAUCACAUUUUGGCACCAGCACGCUGACAACUCCUUGAUUCCAGUCCCUAAAGAUAACAGAACUAGGGCCAGUAAAGCUCACCAAAGAGGCUUUCAACUUCAUGAGUCCUGCGUCACCGAGAACAAGCGCAUCACUAUGGCCAACCAGAUGAGGUACAUCCACCAGCGACCUCCAACCUGGUCUGACACCCUGCCAACUCUUCACGUAAUAACUCCAACCUACAGGAGACCCGUCCAGAAGGCCGAGUUGACCCGCCUCACUAACACCUUCCUACAUGUCCCCAACCUUCACUGGCUGGUGGUGGAGGACUCGGUGCAGAAGACGGCGAUAGUGUCCAGACUGCUGGAGAACACGGGACUGAAUUACACCCACUUGAACGUAGAGACGCCUGAGAAUCUCAAAACACAAAAGAAGCCCAAAAAUGUACGUAUCCCACGAGGCACCAUGCAGAGGAACCUGGCACUCCGCUGGCUCAGGGAGAACAUCAACCCAAACUCCAGUCGUAAAGGAGUCGUGUAUUUUGCAGAUGAUGACAAUACUUACAGCUUAGAGCUGUUUGAGGAGAUGCGUUGGACUCAUAAAGCCUCAGUCUGGCCGGUCGCCUUCGUCGGAGGUCUCCGGUACGAAUCGCCCAAAAUCAACUCUCAAGGCAAAGUGUUCGGCUGGAGGACUGUGUUUGACCCUCAUCGACCUUUCGCCAUCGACAUGGCCGGGUUUGCCGUGAACCUUCAGCUCAUCCUCGGCAAACCUCAAGCCUACUUUAAGUUAAAAGGGGUAAAAGGUGGAUACCAAGAAAGUAGUCUGCUACAGGAUCUGGUCACCCUCAGUGACCUGGAACCCAAAGCCGCUAACUGCACAAAGAUACUGGUUUGGCACACCCGGACAGAAAGACCCUUGCUUGUGAAUGAAGGAAAAAAGGGAUUCACAAAUGGCAGCAUGGAAGUAUGAUGAACUGCUUUCAUACUGUUUUAGAAGUUGAACAAAGCCUAAGUAUCUGGAACAAAAGUAAUAGAAAAUUGUUUACAGCAUUGCAUGUAAACAAUCAGAGACACACUGAAGUAUUUGACUUAAGGCUGGAAUACACUACAUGACUUUUGCCCAGAUUUUUGCAGUCUGCAGGAGUCGAUGCAUGUUGAAAGUUGCAGCCAGUCUACAGAUACUGGGCAAAAGUUGACACUGUAAAAAAAAUAAUCUAUAAAAUUUAUGGAAAAAAAAAAAAGCAGCUGAAGUUGCUAGAACCUUAUUGCAAAAAAUAUAGUACGGAUUUUACAGACUGUACUAAUUUACAGUUGAAUAACGUCAUUGUCUUUUUGGCAAAAUGCCAAAGUACUCAAAUCUGUUUGCCACCUUUAUAAUAAAAUGACAACUACCAUAAAAAACCACAGGUGGUAAAGAGGGACCCACAUAAUGAAUCAAAGUUCAAGUAGCUUUUCCACAAGCUGAGAAUAUUAAUAAUUAGAAGGUGCACAGUUUCAUCCACAAAAAUACAAAACACCAUCAUGGUAACACAUGAGACUUAAAUAAUGCAAUAAACAUUUAACAACAUGAGAUAUAACAUACGUAAAGCCCUAAUGUACAUAACUGAUAACAAAAAAAACUAAGAAACAUUUAAAAAAAAAAAAAGAAAAACGAUCACACAAGGAAUAAUUUCCCACUAAAUUAUAAGAUGCUCUUUUUGACUUUUUAACUUUCAAAAACUGUGUAUUUAAGAGUAUUUUACAUUUAAAUGUUCCAUUAGAUCUAUACUCUUAAAAAUAAAGGUGCUUCACGAUGCCAUAGAACAGUGCUUCCCAAUCCUGGUCCUGGAGAACCCUCAACACUGCACGUUUUUGAUGUCUCUCUUAUCCAACACACACAUUUGAGAUCUUGGAGUUUUUACUAAUGAACUGAGUUCAAUCAGGUGUGUUUGAUUAGGGAGGCAUUUAAAAUAUGCAGUGUUGGGCAUUCUCCAGGACCAGGAUUGGGUCUAAAUGGCUCCAUAAAGAACCUUUAAAGGGAUCCCUGGGUAUUAAGACAUGUACAGGUGCUGGUCAUGUAAUUAGAAUA